AUGCAACCAUCAAACUCAAAGCAUGUCAAGAAGCCAUGGACUGCGCACAGUAGACUUGUACAGAUGCGUUAUCAACAGAAAGGCACACUCCAAUGUAUGCUGCGCAGCUACUUCGAUGACUGCCACUGCAAAGGUGUCUACCUUCUCAUCCAUGAAGACAAUCAGUACUUUACAAUUAAUUUUAACAAGUCUGAUUCCCUGAGCAGCCACUUUCCAUCACCAGAUGAAGACAUAGUGAGUGCCAUGUCUGAUACAGCCCAGAAAAGACACACUCUUACAGAGACAGGAGAAGCAUUAUCCCUCUCCAUCCCAAACAACGUGCGAGAACUACAUGAAAUAUCUGAAGUCCAGAGAGGGGAAGAGGGGAAAACAAGGAAAACUCGAGAAUAAGCAUGAAUAGAUGAAAAUUUGUUUGUUGUAAAUUACAAUGAAGUAGAGAAAAUUACUAAGCAGAGCCUUUGCCUGUUUUGGAAAGUUAAAUUUUAUAUUGAUUGCACACUCAAUAAGAAGUUCCAAGUAUUCUGGUUUCUCGGCAAAAGCUGGUGGCGCCCCUUGAGAAUCGUUAUUUUUUGUUGCCUUUCACUCAAAAUAUAUGGUAUCCGUCAGGGGCCUCAUUUCUGUGGUUUUCGUUCAGCAUCGUGAGUGCAAAAUGUCAUCCUUGGGGAUUAGUAGAUUAUCGUCGCUUUGAGCAGAAAUCAUGGCUACCCCUGAGAAUCAAUUAGAAGUUCUAAGUAUUCUGGUCUUUCAGUGGCGUCCCUCUAGGAUCGUCAUUCUUUGUGGCCUUUCACUCAAAAAUUAUGGCAUCCCAAGGGCCUUUAUUUUUAUGGCCUUUCGCUCAAGUCAUGGCCCUCCCAAAGAAUUCUAUCUUUGUGGCCUUUUCGCUCAAAAUUGUGGCAUCUCCCAAGGGAUCACCUUCCCCAAGGAGUUCACUUCCUUAAGGCUGCUGACACCACAUGGGACUCUAUCUCUGGAAGCCGGGAGGGAUUCCCCCAGGGUGUUCAGUUCCGCAGGAAUAAUUAGCACCCAAAGAAGGCCGCGAUUUCAAUGAGAGAAGCCAUCAUUUUACGGCUCUUCAGGGUGGUGAGUACCCGAGGACAUGAAACCCACGAAGAAAACAACAUUUUCUUAUCAAAUGACCACAAUUAUAACAGUUCCCCGAGACAAUAUAGUCUCUGAGGGAACUGACUUCGGGC